GCGCGUUCGGGAAGAUGAGGACGUCAUCGUCUCCAAAAAAAAUCCUAGAAAUUUUAACAAAAUAAAGAAGACCGCUCAAUCAGAUUUUCUUCUUCGUGAAGUAAACCUGAAUUUCCAUUUGCUUUUGGCUUCCGAACCCACACAGUUUCAAAUUGUGUUCGGAAAUCGGAGCAGAGCAGAUUUUCUCCACAAUACCUAUUAUCUCCAAUAAUUUCUUUUAAUUUCCCCAAUUUUCCUCUGCAAAUUUUGUUCCCUUUCCGUUCUGGAGGUAUGGGGCAACAGCAGUCGAAGGAUGAGUUGUUGUAUCAGCAAGUGAGUUAUGGAAAUGUUGAAGGCAUCAAAGCUCUCAGAAGAGAAGGUGCUGGUCUUGAGUGGAUUGAUAGCGAAGGAAAGACCCCACUAAUUGCAGCUUGCAUGAAUCCAGAACUUUAUAAUGUCGCAAAAACACUUAUAGAAUUGGGUGCCAAUGUCAAUGCUUAUCGUCCAGGUCGUCACGCGGGAACUCCUCUGCAUCAUGCUGCUAAAAGAGGGCUCGAGCAGACUGUGAAGCUGCUCAUUUCAAGUGGAGCAAAUGCCCUGGUGAUGAAUGAUGAUUGCCAGACACCUCUCGAUGUCGCCAGAGCUAAAGGGUACACUAAUGUAGUGCGGGCAAUUGAGGCACAUUUAUGCUUAUUCUCCGGUUGGCUGAGAGAAUAUUAUGGGCCAGGCUUUCUGGAGCUUCUUGCUCCACAAUUGCUUUCAAGAAAAGUAUGGGUGGUUAUUGUGCCUUGUGGUUCCCUUAAUCUUCGAAGACCUUUCAAGUUGGAGCUUGCAAUAUAUGCUGGUGCCCAGGAUGCACAGCCACGUACAAUUGUUCCGCUGUGGAAGGCCAACCUAGAGGAACCGAAUUUUAACCAGCCUGAUCCAGCAGCUAUUAUAUCAGACGUCUCCAGAAUCCGAAAACGCUGGAGAAGAAGGCGGGCCAUUAAGUCCUCCCAAGAGGCGAGGCAUACACGGAUAAAACUUGCAGCCGCAUCUGAGAGUGAGAAACAGCAGUUGCAGUGGUUUUGUAAUGCAUGCAAAGGAAUUCCGCAGGCUGUUCAUCCAUUAUUUCCAUUUAACAACCAAUUCUCAAGUGCACCUGCAACUGCUCCUCCAUCCUCGGAGGACGAUGAACUAGCCAUGGCCAUCAAUGCUUCCCUUCAGUCGGUCUCCCAUGAAGUGCCGCCAUCUGUGAGCCAGAUUUCAGCCACCAACACAAACCAUGCAAAGAGCUAUACUGGCGAGCCCUCCACUGUAAGCCCGGAAAAUGGAGGCAAGCCUGAUGUUCUAGAAGCCGGCCCAUCUCAGAUGGACAGGCCCGAGAAUCCCUGUCCUAUUUCCCUUCCGUCGGCUCCUGCUGUGGGCCCAGCCACGGAUGAUGGCCCAAUUCAGUAUCCCACAGUCGAUAUAACCACAGGUGGGGCCCACGAGAGGAAAGAAGAUGGUAGUGGUUCAUCUUGUACGAUAUGCCUAGACGCGCCUCUCGAGGGAGCCUGUGUUCCAUGCGGACACUUGGCGGGUUGCAUGUCUUGUUUGAGUGAGGUGAAGGCGAAAAAGUGGGGCUGCCCAGUGUGCCGCGCGAAGAUUGAUCAGAAGUUUAUUACUGGACAUGAAGUGUCGAUUUUCUACACAUCUAGAGACAAGAACUGGGAAAUGGGUAUGAUACUUUGGAGAAUUAACUUCUGUGGAAAUUUUAUUUUGUCUUCCUUUCGUUGGAUGUGGUAUGGAUUUAUAAAUGUUCGUCAAUUUACAUUUGUGUAAUUACUAAUGUAUAGUACAAGAAAUAAUACCACAUUUUCAUCACUUUUCUUGUGUGCAAAGUACUCAUUCGGAUUAUUAGUGAAUCCAUACUAUUCCAUCACCUCGUCGAAUCUGAUGUUUGAAGACCUCAAACCUUGCUUCAGGUCAAUCCUCAAAGCUUGCUUCAGUUCAUAAAUUGACCGCUUUAGCUUAUAAAUUAGAUGUUCUUUGCCCUUUGCCCUUUGCCCUUUGCGAUGAACUAGAAUGUGUUUUUUAGAACUUUCGUGUACAAAGUUGUCUUCAUAUCCAUUUUCCAAUUCUCAUAAUCCAUAUGAGCGAUCACAACUGCAUGAUGGAUUUAAUCAUAGCUACCGGUGAAAAAG